UUGAACGUUGGUCAUUUGAGAAUUAGGUUUUAUUUAGGUUAUUUCAAGGAAAUGGUUCAGUGUUGCUGUAUUGUGAACUGCUGCAAUCGGUCUCACAAUCGAAAGGGCAAACGGCUGAUAAAUAAUGUUAGUUUUCACCAUUUUCCUACUUGGAAAAAAACACAAGGAGACCUGGUGUCUGACAUGACAAAGAGGCGUCGGAUGGCUUGGAUCGCCGCUGUACGGAGGAAAACCAUCACCUUUCAUAAUAUUUCCAAGUACAUGCUUGUCUGCUCACAGCACUUUCACAAAGGUAAGCCAGCAUAUGAAAUGUUGCAGUGCGACCCUGACUGGGCACCGUCUCUACACCUUGGUCAUAAAGAGAUCAGUGGAAAUUCUGACAGAUAUCAGCGGAGGAUUCAACGGCAGUAAGCUGCAGUUGUGUCACCCUUUACCACACCUUCUGCCGCCACAUCUGAUGAUGCUUGCUGUGUCACACCUGUUGACACAGCCGAUGACCUACCUAUUGACACACCGAUGGCCGAUGACACACCCUCUGACUCUGGGGAACCACAAGAGUGCAGCUUUUGUGGGCAGAGGCAAGCUGAGAUCAACCGUUUGCUAGAGGAGAACAGGCAAAUGAAGGAAGAGAUCUCCAAGAAGAAUUUUGAUGAGAGCUUCCUUGAAGGCAAUGAAAUGAAGGUGAAAUACUACACUGGUCUGCCUUGCUUCGCUGUUUUGAUGGGUGUGCUGGCACAGCUCCUUCCAUGCCUACAGACAGGUCGAAAACUUUCACCUUUUCAGAUGGUCCUUUCAACUUUGAUGCGGCUGAGGCUGAACCUUCCAAUUCAACAUGUAGCACAUCUAUUUGGCUUAGACAGGAAGACAGUCUCAGUUACUUUCAGAGAGACCAUAGCAGUAAUGUUUUCACAUCUCAGGCCACUGGUGCACUGGCCAGACAGGCAUUGUCUGCGAGGUACCAUGCCACAUAAGUUUGUGGAGGCUUUCGGGGAUCGUGUAGCAGUUAUUGUGGACUGUUUCGAGAUUGGCAUAGAGAGGGCAUCCAAUCUUAAAGCUAGGGCACAAACAUUUUCCCACUACAAGCACAAACACACGUUGAAAUACCUAAUUGGCAUUACACCACAGGGAGCAAUAUCUUUUAUUUCAAAAGGGUGGGGUGGUCGCGUGAGUGACAAACAAGUGACAGAGGACUGUGGUAUUCUUAAUCAUCUGCUCCUUGGAGACUUGGUGCUGGCGGAUCGUGGGUUUGACAUCAGGGACAGUGUUCGACUGAUGUGUGCUGAAGUGAAAACACCCGCCUUCACACGAGGCCGCUGUCAGUUGGAUGCGAAGGAUGUGGAAGACACCAGGAAGAUAGCGCACAUAAGGGUUCAUGUGGAGAGGGUAAUUGGUUGUGUUCGCGGAAAGUACAGCAUAUUGAACGACACAAUUCCACUAAGCAUGGUGGUUUCCUGUGAACGGCAAAAACAUGGUCUUACUAGACAAAAUUGUGUGUGUGUGCUGUGCUCUGACUAAUAUGUGCCCCAGUGUUGUUAUGAAACCAACCAUAAUGUUACAGGAAAGCUGAACUAUUAUUACGGUCAUUAUCGUUAUAUUGCUGUAUGAAGACUGCUGUUCAUAUUGUUGUGAGAAGUUUGGUGAAUAUAUUGUGGCAGUUGUUGAAAUAAUAAGAAAAGGCUGAUAAAGUUGCCAAAUGUGUUUUAAAUGAAGUCCGUUACUAAGGGUGCGUAACUGAAGUGUUUCCUUCAUUUACACAAAAAUUCACAGUAACAAUAUAUUGUGCAACAUGAAAUUGAUUUAUACAUACACUUACCUAAAGGAUUAUUAGGAACACCAUUCCAAUACCGUGUUUGACCCUAUCCUAUUAAUAUGGGCCAACAUUUUCUAAAGAAUGCUUCCUUGUUGAAUCAAUGACACAAAGAAUUAAGACAGUUCUGAAAGCGAAAGGGAUCCCACCCACACUAUUACACCCCCACCACCACCAGCCUGCCCAGCGGUAACAAGGCAUGACUGAUUCAUGUUCUCUGAUUCUGUUUACACCAAAUUCUGACUCUACCAUCUGAAUGUCUCAACAGAAAUCAAGACACAUCAGACCAGACAACAAUUUUACAGUCUUCAGCUUUCCAAUUUUGGUGAGCUUGUGCAAAUUGUAGCCUCAUGUUCCUAUUUUUAGUGGAGUGCUGGUGUAGUAA